CUUUGAAGGUUACGAAGUACUCGCCCAGCUAAAAAAGAUCAACCAACCGAUGAGCUGGAACCUUAAUACAAGGCAAUUACCAGGCAACUCUACAGGCAGCUCCAGGCAGCUUCAGGUGACACAGCGCCAUAUCGUCAUCCACCCACACCCCUAAUCUCCCCUAAUAAACGGUACUAAGCGCGUUCCGACCAUCCCCAUCCAAUUAUGGUCCCUCGGAAUGAAGAACAGCUACGGCGCCCAGGUCCAAACUCCCGCUUACUUUCCGUCCAGUCCAUCGUUUCUAAGCGUUCCUUUCGUUCUCACUCUUCCUCUUUCGAAGCCGACGAUGAACGAUCAACUUCUACCGAGUCAGGCAGAAUGACACCUCCCCCAAGUAUCGAAAAUGGCCCACCUCCAGGUCGUUACUACGGCGAAGAUACUCGUUCGACCAGCACCAAAGAGCUUGCUGGUUGGUACAUGUAUGCUUUUGCAGCCGAGACAUAUGUGAUAUGCGGUCAGUCUGUCUAUACUUAUUCAUGAUGCAUCUACGCUUUUCUAAAACACCACGCCAUCGUUGGAAAUAAUACUGACAAUCAUUAGCCAUUUCUUCGUUCAUUCCCAUCCUAUUAGAGAGCUUGGCAAGAGA